AUCAUCCAGGAGCCCGAGUGCCAAGAUAUACUGAUGAUAUAUGCCCCCCAGCUCCUCGUGGCUCUGCUUUUCCAAGUAUUCAUGAGCACAGAGCAGAUGCCAGAGGAGGUCAAGACCUUCUGGAGCCAAUGCCAGUGGCAACAUGACCUUCCCAACAACCCCAACAGAUUUGCUGUACAGACCAUCAAGGCCCUGCUCUGCUGUCUACACUGGGAGAACGAGGUGGUGGCCGUGGAGCGCAAGCGUGGCUGGGACACCCUGCUCCAUGCUGACACCCACCACUAUGCAGUGGGGCUGCUGGCCAGGGAGAUGCGCAAUGUCUUGAUCCCCUUCUUUUCCGGCAUUGAAACCCACCUGCUCGGACUGCUCAGCAGGGAGGAGCCCCGCUGGGAGCUCCCUGCGCUUGCCUUCCUUGUUGAGCUCCUCGACUAUCUGGAUGGGAGAAAAUGUCAUGAGAGUGUCCUGCCUAUCCUAGCAAGGCACCUGCACAGCAAGUGCCCUGAGAGCCGACGCCUGGCACUCAGAGGCCUCCUUGUGCUCAGUGUGGAUCCCUCAAUGGCCAACAGCAUCUGCACCCUUUCUGAGCACCUCGUGGAGCUGCUUCAUGAUGGAGACGGAGAUGUGGUCGGGAUGGCCCUCUCUGUGUUCCUGAAUAUUCUCCAGGACAAGGACAUCGAAGAAUUCAGCUCCACUGCCCCAAAGCUGGCUGAGGCACUCCGGCCACUCUUUGAUAACGACAAUACCCAUGUGCAGCUGCUCUCCAUUCGUCUCUCCCAAGCGGUCAUGGAGUUGCUUGCGGACCAGGGAACAAAUAUACCCGUGCACCAGAGCCUCGUACCCCCGUUCUUUCACUGGCACGAUGGGAACCAGUGUGUGGCAGAGGUGCCGGACAUCGUGAGGUACAUCCACCAGUGCCUUACGUUCCACGUGUCUCCAGAUGCCAGCCUCCAAACUAACAUUCUCAGGCUGGUUGAUGCACACCCUCGGGAGGUGGUCUUUUCUCUCCUGCGCUGUGCCCCAGCAUGUGACAGAGCUGCUGCAAUGAUCUGGAGGACCAUCGCCGCUUCAGGAACGACAGCAGAGAAGGUGAUCCCAGCACUGCUCCAAGUGAUGGAGGACUGGCCUCUGCACUGCAUGUCCUCCUCUGGCAGUGGCGACAACAAAGACGUCUUUGCCCUGGCUGCAACCCUGGCACUGCGGCUGAUCAUCCAGGAGCCCGAGUGCCAAGAUAUACUGAUGAUAUAUGCCCCCCAGCUCCUCGUGGCUCUGCUUUUCCAAGUAUUCAUGAGCACAGAGCAGAUGCCAGAGGAGGUCAAGACCUUCUGGAGCCAAU